AGAGAGAGAGAGAGAGAGAGAGAGAGAGAGAGAGAGAGAGAGAGAGAAAAUAAUGGGAUCCCAUCCAGACAUGUGCGGAUAGAAUAGCCUCUUUGUAGCUUUAUUCUCAUGUAAACUGCCUGGUGUCGUCAGAGAGAAAGAGAGAAGGAAAGAAAAAGGGGAGACAAAUUCACUGACUUUUUUUUUUUUCUUCUGAAAAUGCUUCCCUGUUCAUCGUCAUCCGCGCAGAUGGAGGGAUGCGAGGAGGAGAAAGACGCACAAAUGCAAACAGAGUGCAGCAGACUGACUGAGGAGAGAGACGAGGCCGAGAGACAGCUCAAACACAUCAAGAGAGUGUCGCAGAUGGUGAUUGAGGAGGUGAGCGUUCUGCAGACUCAGCUGGAGAUUGAGAAGUCAUGUCGUGAAAAUGCAGAGGCCCUGGCCACAAAGCUGAACUGUGAGAACAGGAAGUUGAAGUACCUGAGCCUGUCGUCCCGGCCGUGUUUGGAUGAACUGCUGCCUAGCAUCUCCGACUGCAUCGCUCUGGAGGAGGACGCAGAUGCACCCGACAGCAGCCCUGAUAACUUCAUACAGUACCAACAGCAGGUUAAAGAGCUGCGGGAGACGGUGAACAGCUUGUUGGAAGAGAAGAAAGAGUUUGUCUGUCAGAUUCACGACCAGCAGAGACGGAUAGAGGAGCUUACUGCACAGUCAGAGAAAGAUCAGGCAGAGAUGAAGGAGCUUCGCGAAACUGUUGACCAGCAGAGUAAAACCAUCAAGAGAUUUAACAGAGUCUCUAUGAUGGCCACCCAGGAGUAUGAGGGGAUGAAGGAGCAGCUCGACUUGGAGCAGAACCUGAGAGUCAAGGCUGAGACUUACGCACAUGAGAUGCUGGUGAAGCAGAAGGAAGCAAACAGGCAGAGCAUGCUGCUGCUGCAGAGCGCUGAGCCCAGCGUUCAGCUGCUCAAGGCCCUGGAGGACGUCGCCUCCAUCACCAAAACCCUUGAGGAGGAGCGACUGCAGCAUCAGCAGAAGGUGCAGAGCCUGGAGGCAGAGCUGCAGCAGAGUGCGGUCAAGAAGGAGCUGGAGGCCCUGCAGAGGCAGCUGGAGCUGCUGGACGAGGAGAAGAAGGAGGUGGAGGGACGACUGGAGCGGGCAGAGAAGAAGAACAGCGAGCUGGAAAACAGAGUCCAAGAGCUCCAGGAGGCCCAGAAAAGCAUCGCCGCUGCUGCCAUGGCGACCGGCCCCGGGGCCCCACCCCUUGCUCCAGGGGUGGCUCCACCCCCGGCUCCUCCCCCACAGCCCCCUCCACCGCCUCCUCCUCCUCCCCCUCCUCCGCCACCGCCGCCCCCAUCACGUUGCAACCCGCUCAGCUCUCUGAUUGCCAUCAUGAGAAAAUCCUCCAAAGGAUCAAAAGGCUCUCCGAAGGCAGAGCCGCCGCCUGCUGCUGAGGGUGUGGACGACGUGAAGGUCAAGGCGGUGAACGAGAUGAUGGAGCGGAUCAAGCAUGGCGUCGUCUUGCGGCCCGUCAAGGGUCAGGACAGCAAGAGAGUAGCUGUAAAACAGCCUCCAGCAGUGUCUGAGGAGAAACAGCAGGAGAGUGCCAUGGAAGAACUGAAAGGCAUCCUGGAGACGGUGAAGCGAAGCCCCAGCCGAGGCUCACAGGAAGCUGCAGCCUCGCCGCCGGGGAAGAAGGACAGCGAGCUGGAAGUGAUCCUGAGACGCCGACGCAACAAGGCAGGAGAGCCGGGCUCUGGAGAUGAGAGGGAAGGCCAGAUGAGCCACGUCUCCUCCUCGGACAGCCUGAACGGGAGGCGCACCAGCUCCGACUCGGGCAAGGAUCCAGAGGGUCCCGGCGCUCUGUGUGUCCCCUCGGACGCGGCAGGACCCAGGGUCAGCCCGGAGAGGGGGGCGGGGCCUCCCGUGGCCAGGAGGAAGAGCUCUGACACCGGCAAGGAGCCCAGCGUGGCCUCCCGGCAAGACAGGAGGUCCCGCAGCUCUCUGUCCGAGAAAGGAGCAGCCGAGUCGCCGGUUGCCAACGGCUGCACUGACAGCGGGGUGGAGAAUGACAGACAGGCGGGGGAGAAGUGCGCUCAGUCCAACGGAGUCGACCACGCCGGGCCCGGUGAGGCCGCGCUCACCACGCUCGCCUCCAACCCCAUCAACGGCAGCGCUGACGCCGAGUGCUAAGACGGACUCCAGGGAUCCCGGGCUCGUUUCCGCUUGACGUGCAGGAAACCUGACGAUUGAUAUCAGGAGCAAAACAUGUAAUCCAUUACAACUUCCACUGUAAAUUUUAGGCUGCAGUCACACCCGCAGAGAGUGGCAAAGUUGCAUUUUGAUAUUUGGUUGAUUUCGAUUCAAACUGACCAAUUACAAGCCAAUCAGAGCUUGUAGAUGAAAGUCACAAGUCUGAAAAGUAGUUUGGAAGUUUUGAGUUUUGGUAAAAUGUUGAAUCUUUUCCUGUCUGAACACAUAAAGAAAUCGCCCUCUAGCCAUGAUCGCUUGUGUUUUAGGGUGGUUUCCUGUAGUUGGUGGGAUUGGUGAAAUUGCUCUCAGCUCGGCAAACUAGUUGAAUUAAGCAAGGAAACGUUGCAGAUUUCAGGUAAACCACUCUGAAUAUGCUGAUUGUGAACGCAGCCUAAAAUUCCCAGCCAUUGUAGAAGCCCCCACUCCUCUCACACACACACAUACACACCCUGCAUAAAUAACACCCUGCAAGGUGUUUUAAACAGUUCCUCUUCUGGGCCAAGCCAGGGUCCAAAAUGAAUGCCGCUCAGGAAAAAAAAUGCCUUUGCAAUAACAUAAAACGCUCAUGAAAUUAUAAUUGAGGGUGAAAAUGUCCGUAAUUAGUAGGAGAACCUCAUUCAUGUAUUUCACCCUGUUCACACUUUCCUUCCAGUGCAUUCAGAGACGUCAUUUUUGAUCAGGAAACAACCGACACAGUCAAAAAUGCACACAAACAAAAAAUAAAUACAUAAAAGAACCAGUAUCAUUAAUAAGAAAGGUCUGCUUCUCAAUAUACAAUUCAAAUGCAUUAUUUUACAGUUGAAUAAAAUUGUUCUUAAAAAAAAAAAAAGGGACCAAAAUGGCCACAAAAAAGGGCCAUUUUUGUUCCUUCCCCUGGCCUGAGGAACAGCACAGGAGAGGUGGGACUUUCUGCAGUGGCUGCUGUGAAGGAACCUGAGCGUUUUGUCGCUCUGCAUCCGUCCUCCUGCUCUCAGAGGGUUUGUGAACGCAGCCUGCGGAUCCUGGACCACAGCAAGGCAGAACUGUAUGAGGAAAGCUGCACUUUUUUGCACAGAACCUCAGUUUUAUUUUUAUUUUUAUUUUUUGUUUGUUUGUUUUUUUUCCUUCAGUUACAGACACUUUGACUUGUACAAUGACUGCAGAGCUUUAGGUUGUCGUUCUUCUGUUUGAUGCACAAAGGAUCCGUUCAAUGUAGCUUUGUGUCAUCAGAAGGAAUGCACUGUACUGUUUGGGAUCCAACUCUCCAACUUCCUCUGCUACUCUUCCUCUUCUUCCUCCUCUUCUUCUUCUCUACACCCAGUCGUACUUAGGGCUGCACAAUCUUAUCAUGUAGAGCUGAACAUGGCAAUUGUCGUUUCCUGCAAUUCAUAAUCACCUUUCAGCAAUACUGACACAUUUAAUUUGAUUUUGUUCCACUCAAAGCAUUGCUGUAGUGAUAUAAGAUGAAAAAAAAAAAAAACACUGAGGCUAAUAUCUAGCAAAAUGAAUGGAAUUACCACUUUAGCCGUGAUUGUGCAGCCCUACUUGUAGUAGCCAGGUAUUUAGACUAUCUCAUUCAUUAUCUUCCUCUGUGAUGCCUGUACGGGAAACAGUGAGUAACUACUGACUUCUGUAUUUGAACACAAGUUAGGAAACAUAAAAGGAACAAUGUUUACAGCCAGGGUUAUCUCCAAGCAAACUGAAUACAGCACUGCACAUGUAAAAGGCACUUUUUUGCGCUUCUGCACCUGAAGCUCUCACACAGGUUUCAGCGUGUCGACUAUCAGUGUGUCAUAAGGCGACAGCAGCAGCAUAGGGCGGUGGUUCCCAACGCGAGAUCCGGGGACCCCUCGGGGGACCUUUGGGAGGAUGUAAAAGGGGGCCCCAGAGAAAUGAAGAGGAAUUACUUCACAUUCACUGCAAGGAUUGUAUACGAAUGAUUGUUGUGAUCAGAGAGAGGCUUCAGCGGAUGGUCGUACAGUUCGAAUAUCUUACAGAAAUGUUCUCAGGGUCCUCGGGACAAAAUGUAAUCAGAUGGAUUUGGGGGUUGUUGACACGGUGGCACGGGGACACAAAACAGGAAUUAGGUGCUUGUGUACUUUGUCUACCUCUUCCUAGACACCUGCCUCUCAAACCGAACUGUCCUAAAUUGUAUUUCAUGACAUGGAAACUCAUGAGAUAUUGUCACCGUCCCUCCGCCGGAGAGCGGCGCGACGUCUUGCUGUCUUCCACACGCAUUCCUCCACACGCCGACCCCUCAGCACCGAAUCCAGCCCUAUGCACCUUUGCUGAGAUACCCUCAUUGUUUCUGUGCUCCGUCAGCUCAUCCACACUUGAGCGUGCAUUCCUUGACUUUUUGUUUGUAGGGCCCGCUGUCUAUAUAGCUUUCCUGAAACAUGAUGCAACAUUAAAAAAAAUAAAAAAAAUAAAAAAUAAAUACCCGAAUAAUUUUGAAGAGUAUGCAAAUACAUAAGGCACAUUUGUAACGAGAUAAUGCUUUCACACCUUGUAAAUCUUUCUUAAAACACAGGAAUCACAUUUAAUCUGCAUUUCGUUCUGUCCAUUGAGUGUGUUUGACUCCGAUGCAAAGGACCAGGUGUUAAUGAGUUACUGCACUGUUAGACUGCACAUAAACAACCCAAACCUCUGCUUUCUUUUUGUAGAUCUGGAGGCGAGAUUACUGCAAUCUGGCAUUAGUGGCUUACGCUACCAGAGGCCUGUAGAUUUAUGCAUAUCGGCCUUGUUGUAGGGCCUCGAGGUGACUCCUGAGUCGGCCUGUACCUGGGUUGUGUUUUUGGUCCCUAUAUCGAGUGCAUAGUUGUUAGACAGUGGCUAAUUACAAAGGGAAUUAUCUGAGUUCGGGUGGCUAUUAAUAUUGUGUGUGUUUGGGAUAUAAACCGAGUGUUAACUUUUUUAAUUAUGAACAUUCAUUUAGCAUCACUUGGAUGAAAUAAAAUUGCAAUUCAAA